AUGUCGACUCCUUUGGACGUCGAUACACCUCAGACGGUUCAUCACGUUAUUUCAAAGCUGCGAGCAAAACUUGACCCAUUUGGUUUUGAACUGUCACCUUUUUUAGUCGGCUGGUAUAAUGAACUAGUUUCGAUGAAAAUGCGAUUGGAUGCACCUUCUCCCGAUUGUGUUGCCCUGUGUUUGAUCAGUUCACCUUUGAUGUUUGAAUCAAGCUUUUUGCCACUCCUACUCAGUUGGUUUGAACAAGAAAAUGUGAGAACUUUGGAAGACGUCUUGCAAAAUUUGCGAUCCCAGGAAGCCCUAAAGGUGAACCUUCCUGGCCUUAAUGAUCCGUUGGAUUGGUCCGUUUUCAUCAGAGUGAGCAAUAUUUUGAGAUGUGUGCAGGAGGAGAUGAAAUCUAUACUCACAGAAAAAGAAUAUAAAACUGUGGAUUCUUGUCGUUUUAUACCGGACUACAAUGUUCGAUCCGUCAGCAGAUUACCAUUGGUGCAUGUUCAAAGUGCCGGACAUGUUUCGGGUGCUGCAUAUUAUCACCGAGUUAAUAUAAAAAUAAAAGAACUGAAUACGACCAUUGGAUGUAGUUUACAUCCUAAAUAUGGUGGCUGGUUUGGAUUUCGUGGUGUGAUCCUUUUUCCAAACUUGCGCUAUCCGCAGUUGCCACGUCCAGUAACACGCUCUUCACUUCCUCCAGGAAUUCCACCGUUUGACACAGAUGCAUUACGCACAUUGGUCACCGAGUAUCGAGAACACUGGCGCGAGAACCGCUGGCGUAGUACAGGUUUGGACGAGUUCACUGAGCUGCGUUACUCUACAACCGCAUGCUCAUUUUUCAACACUCCACCCGCUCUUCGUGCUCAGUGGGUAGAACGUUUGAUUGCAGGUACGAAACCCAUGUGUUCAACCCAACCUGUUACCCCGUCCACACUCAUACGGGACCAGUUACCUCUCACACACCCAGCUUGA